AUGGUAGGAACUGAAGCUUCAGUUGGCAUGAUCCAAGACCUCAUCUCCAAGAAACGUGUCACCGGCAGCGAAGCUGAAAUGUGGCUAUUGUCAUUAUCAUUUGUCCAUCAUCCUACAAAGGAAAUGGUUGCAGCCGCUACGCCUUUGUUAGACGAACGUGGUGUCUCUGGUAAUACCCUACUCGCUGUGUCAUCUCUGGCAAGCAGUUAUUGCAAUGCAAGACCUGACUGUGGAAAAGAUUCCGAAAUCACUACUCUCCUCAGAAAACUGAUAGAUCACACCCACGAUUGCAAUACCCAAAAUGGUGAUGCCAGAAGAAUCAUCUUUGCUCUUCGAGCAAUUGGCAACAUUGGUCAUUCACAUGAGACUGUGUCUCAUUUGACUCGCUGUUUCACUCGACGAGAUGUCCGUGAGGAAAUAAGAAUUGCAGCUAUGGACGCCUUCCGAAGAAUUCCAUGUGAUGCUAUGCGAUCUGAUUUGAUGGGAGUCUUCCGUGAUGAAGCUGAGGAUUCUGAGCUCCGUCUCAACGCGUACAUUGCCCUGAUGAAGUGUCCAAGCCGAAACGUUUUGUCUGAAUUUCAUAAAAGUAUGGAUGCAUUCCGUGCUUCUGCUUACCUGAGAGUGUUUGGAAAUGAACUUCGUUAUUGGGAUGAUAAAUCCCUGAAUGAAUUGCAGUCUUCCCUGAAGAGACUGAUGUAUAUGCAAUCGUUGUCAUUCAGUAAAACUAUGGCGCUUCUUGAUAGCCGUAUGAUUAUUCCCACCUGCGUCGGUCUUCCUCUCAACCUCACUAUUUCUACCACAGGAAGUAUUUCUCUUGAUGCUAAGGCAUCAUUGCAACGACCAAAAUAUGAACUAAAUAUCGACUUCAGACCAAGUGCUUCAAUCCAAGUGAAAGGUGAAAUGUCUGUAGAUGCACAUGUGUCUAGAGCUGGUCUAAAGAUGGUGACAGUUGCGCACACAAGUACCGGAGCUAAACUGGAUAUUCGUAAUAACAAAUUUGAUUUACAGAUUCCUCAAAAGAAGAUGGAAAUUUUCAACCUCAAGACUGAUUUUUACAUCGUCCAUCGAAAUUCCGAAAAAAAACAGAGAAUGAUUGUCGAUAACGUGAAAAAACACGAGGUUUGCACAGGUAAAUUCAUGAAGCAAGUAACAGGACUUAGUUUCUGUCAAAUUCUCAAGUUCCCAAAUGCUUCACAUCACAAAGAGGCUCCAUUCUUUCCAUUCACUGGUCCAGUUGUCUACGAUCUUUAUAUGAUCAACGAAGACGCUCCCAACGGAUACCAAAUCGAAGCCUUCAGCAAGGUAAGAUUAUUUUCAUUAUAA